UGAUUGGUGUGAAGAUUUUUCACACAUAUAUAACUGAACCAACUGAGGCAAGUAUAAUACUUGUACCUAGUAAGGAAUCAAAAGAAAUUUCAGAAGCUGAGAUUAGUAUAUUACCUGAGAUACAGAAUGCCAUUUCUCCUGAAAUAAAGUUAAGUCAGAAAUUUAG